UCUGUUUAACUGGGAGUCUGCGUUUACUUUUCUGCUUCCUGCCUGCACGCCCGAAACCUCUUCUGUGUUUGGUAUCCCGCCUUCUCUUUUUUCUCCUCUUCGCAGACAUCAUUGCUGUCUGAUAGCUCAGUUUGACAUCUCCUCAAAUAACCGCCGAAAGACUUCCUUGUAACAAAGAUUUCCGAGUUUCUGCGGGCAGGUCUGAUAGAUUUUCUUUGAUUAUCUAUUAUUACUGAUUUAGAAUGGCUGCCAACAACUCUCAACCUACGGGAAUUGAUAAAGAACAAGCUUUUGGUAUGGCAGAAACAGAGAUGGAGUAUAGGGUUGAAUUGUUUAACAGGCUUGCCCAAACAUGCUUCAAUAAGUGUGUUGACAAGAGGUACAAAGAAGCUGAAUUAAAUAUGGGUGAAAAUAGUUGCAUUGAUCGAUGUGUUUCAAAAUACUGGCAGGCCUAUAGAGCUACAAUUUCUCUCCUAAACUUUAUGCUUUUGGAACUUUGGAGUGACAAAGAUUGUCGAUACAUAGAAUGUAGUACUUUUGGGUGAGCAUUGUGCAUACGUUAGACAGCUACUUUAUAUGUACAUAAGCCUGGAAACUUAUAUAUAAGCCAUAAACUUAUUUUCAUAUUAAUCCAUUUUGAAAGCAUUAGUUAAAUACAGCUAAAGUUCUUAACUUCUGUCCAUU